AUGACGGUGGUGGCGCCGCCGCCGCUCCAGCCGCCGCCUGCCGCCCCCAGCGGCCCGCGCACCAGCGUGGCCGAUGCCAUCGCGGCCAUGGCGGCGGCCGUGCAGCGCGGCGACUUUGCGGGGGCGGAGGCGGCCGGGGCGGCGGCCGAGGUGCACCUGGCACUACCCAAGCAAGCGCUGCGUGACCUGGCGCCGCUAUCGGACGGCGCCCAGGCCUGCGUCUUCUCCGCCCAGCUGGCGCCCGAGUGCGCCCACCUGGUGCCCGGCCUGGACCCAGCCGCGCCCGGCGGGCUGGCGGUGGCGGUGAAGCGGGCGCACAUACGCAACUCGGCAGACCUGGACCGCUUCCGGCGCGAGGCCGCCCUGCUGGCCCAGCUGCGGCACCCGCACAUCGCGCGACUGCUGGGCGCCCGCCUGCUGCCUCCGGGGUACCAGAUGGUGCUGCAGCUGGAGGCGACCAGCGCCGCCAGCGAGUUGCACUCUGCGGGCUGGCGCCCCGCCUGGCCCCGCCUGCUGCGCCUGGCCGCCCAGCUGGCGGCGGCGCUCGCCCACAUGCACGCCGCCGGCUGCGUGCACCGCGACAUCAAGCCGGCAAACGUGCUGCUCAACGCGGCGCGCGACGCGGCGCGGCUGGCGGACCUGGGACUGGCGGCGGCGGCCGCUGAGCUGGCCGAGGGCGCCGUCAGCCACGCCAAGCCCACGGGCGGCUUCCACAAGCAGCGCAUGGUCGGCACACUCGAAUACAUGGCCCCAGAGGUGCUGCUGGGCUCGCCCCACUCCCCCGCCUCCGACGUAUUCGCCCUGGCGGUGACGGUGAACGAGCUGGCUACCGGGCAGCUUCCCUACUCCGACUGCACCCGCGACAACCCCCUGGCCCACACCAUCCUUGAGAUGGGCUACGGGCGGCAGGAGCUGGCUGCCGCGGUGGCGGCUGAGGGCCUGCGCCCCACGCUGGCGCCGGGCACGCCGGCCCCGCUGCGGCUGCUGCUGCAGGGGUGCUGGGCGCGGCAGCCGGGCGAGCGGCCCGCCGCGGGCGAGGUGGCGUCGGCGCUGGAGGGCAUGGCAAGAGCGGCAGAGGCGGCGGCGGCAGAGGUGGCAGCAGAGGUGGGGGCGGAGGCGGGGGAGGCAUGCCGCAGCAGCAAGGUAGCGGCAGCGGCGCAAGCACCUCCUGCUCCCAGCGCAGCGCAGGAAGCUGGCCAGCCUGCCUCCCAGCAGCAGGAGCGGCAGCGGGACAUGCCAGGCGGUGCUGCCGCCGAGGCCAGCCGCGACGCAGACAUGCCUGAUGCCGCAGGCCUGGCUGAUGCCGCCUCAGCUGCCCCAGCGCCCGGCGGCCCAACCGCAGGCGGCCUGCCCGCCUGGCUGGCGGCCGGCGGAGCGGCGGCCUCCGCGCCUGUGUUCACAGGCAGCUUCCUCACAGCCGGCAAGCGGGACCAGAUGGAGGACAUGGUGGUGGUACUGCCCGAUGCCUUUGGUACCGCAGGAGCCCCCGGCUGCACCGCUGUGGGCGUUUUUGAUGGGCACAGGGGCGCCUCUGCCGCCGAGUUUCUCACCCACAACCUACAGCAGCUGUUGUCGGCCCGGCUGCACGCCGCCGCCGUCGGCGCGGGGCAGCUGCUGGCGGGCGCGCUGGCGGACGCUGACGUGGCAUACCGCGCGCAGCAGGACGCCGUGUGGGCGGUCCGGCUGGCGCGCAUGGGCGCCGCCGCCGCCGGCGCCCGCCCCGCGCCCGGCAGCACCGCCACCCUCGUGCUUGUCUACCCGCGGCGGCAGCCGGGCCAGGCGCAGGCGCAGCAGGCACUGGCUGUGGCGAACCUGGGGGACAGCCGUGUGGUGCUGUGCCGGGACGGCCAGGCGGUCCAGCUGACCCGGGACCACACAGCAGAGCUCCCCAACGAGCGGCGGCGGGUGGCAGCGGCGGGCGGCGCCUGCGCCGUGCGGGCCGGCGGCUGGCGCGUGGGCGCCGCGGGGCUGCAGGUCACGAGGCGAGCGUCAAUCGGCGACGCCGACCUCAAAGGGGAGGGCGUGAGUGCGGAGGCGGAGGUGGCUGAGGUGGCGCUGACGCCGCGCGACGCUUUCUUCAUCGCCGCCACCGACGGCCUCUGGGACCGCGUCAGCAACGAGGAUGCCGUGGCGCUGGUGCAGGACACCGUCAAGCACCCGGGCAUGUGUGCGCAGCGGCUGGUGCUGGAGGCGCUGGCACGUGGCUCCACCGACAACAUCGCCGCCGUCGUGGCCUUCCUCAACUCCGACGGCAGCACGGUGGAGCGGGUGUACGACCAUGGCCAGCUCAAGUACGGCGGCGCGGCGGCUGCGGCUGCACGGCGCAAGGCCGCCGCUGCGACGCCGCCGUCGGCCGACGAGCUGCAAGACACCUACUGA